AUGCCUACCAGAGACGUGGAAACUCUGAACAGAAGAUUACAGUUUCGCCUGAACGACAGGAAUAUUGUCGGGAUUGUCCGCCUAUGGACCACCGCUAUCGAGAAUGGCGUUCGACCCAAUGCUGUGUCGUAUGAUACCAUGUUGAAAGUAAUCGCUUCAUACGGGCUGUUUGACUUGACUGUCAAAAUCUUCGAGGAUAUGUUGAAGAUGAAAGUAGGAGAUAAACAACAGGGACUUAACUAUGUACUCGAGUCAGCAGCCGCAGACCCCUCGCUCGAGGCGAAAGCAUUUAAAAUGUUUGAAGAGCACGGGUGCUCGUGGAAUGAAAUCACAUAUCAGCAUAUUCUCGAAGCUCUCGCACGACGAGAAAAUGUCGAAAUGGCUGUCCAAACUGUGAUAUGUCUUGCUGCUCAGAUGGGAAUGCCGCAAUUUGCGAUGGAAAUGGCGAUCAAGGCGGAACGGUUUCCGGGUGUUAAUACGGACCAGGUCAGGAUGGCAGUAUUGAUGUCUGGGGCCGAAACCAUGAACGCAAAUGUCGUUCAAAAAGCAUGGGAUUAUAUUCGGCGAACAAGAUGUCCACCAACGGAGCCUCUAUGUGUUGAGAUCCUCAAUACGGCUGCUCGCCAUGGCCUACCCGAACUUGCUCGCUCCGUCUUGGAAUACCUUCAAGAAUCAUCUCAAGAAAUCCAAGAGCACCAUUUAGCGGCUGUUAUUGGCUCCUACGCUGUAGCUGGGCAAAUUCGCGACGCUUACUUGGCUUUAGAUCUUUUCAAAGAUCAUCGAGUCAAGUUUCUCCCAGAAAGUGUCUCGGGUCUGGUCGAAGUCAUCGACAGGUCUUCCGAAACCUUGGACAACGCAUGGGACGUUCUAACUCAGCUACCUCGACCCGUCAACAUCGAAGCUGUCAAUACGACCAUUGAAGCUGCUACCAACCUGUCAGAUAUGCAGCGCGCAAUUGGCAUCUAUAAAGAGCUCCCGGACCUGGAGGUGUCGCCCGAUGCACAAACGUUUGAUAUCCUUCUAGGAGGGUGUCUCUCGAUAUCGCAUGCUGAGCUCGGCGAACGAUUAUACCAAGAUAUGCUCUCCAACCAAAUCCGACCAACCCUGCAAACCUACUCUCGCCUUAUUCUGCUUGCCUUGACGCAAGAAACCUACGAGUCCGCAUUUAGCCGUCUGGAGGAAAUCAAGGGAAGGAAUAUGAUUCCUCCUCAACGAGUGUACGAAGCGCUCGUGCAGAGGUGCGUAGAAGAGGGUGAUCCGAGAGCAGAAUUGGCAUUGGAGGAUAUGGAGAUAUGCGGAUAUCGGGUGUCUACAGGAUUGAGAGAUUACUUGCUCAAGAGCCAGAAGAAGCAGGAUACCGCUAAUGAGGCUAUGGCUUGGGUUAAAUCUGUAUCGAGUUAA